AUGGGGUGGAGGGAAGAUGUCGUCCCGUGGUUUCUUUUGUCGGGCAGGCGGGGAAUUUGGAGCCAGCGACGGAGUCCCCACCCCUUUGGAUCAGGCGUGCACACUCAGUCCGGAAUGGAGUCACUGUGGCGCAGACAAGAGCUACAGAGCAGGCCGGUGGUGAUGAAUGAGUUCCAUAAUCCCAACCAGAAAAUAGGUUACAAACGAAACGCCAAGCACCGGGAAAGAAGCGCCAACCAAGCACACACAAGCCAGCCCAACGGAAGGGCCGCCAGGAACGAGCCACACACCCACGCAGGAGAAAAAAGUCACAACGACACAAGCCACAAAACAGAGCAAACCCCAAACACAGCCCAGAGCGGCAGCAAGGAGCACCAAAGCACGACGAGCAACCAACCACCCAAGCCACCCAACAAGAACGGACACACAGGCACACACAUAACGCGACCCACAGACAGAAACCCCAACCACCAUCGAAGGCACAAAAAAACCGGCAACCGCGCACGGCAGGGCCGCACGCACAACGGAAGCAAGCGCCCAACGAACCGCGGAAAGCGCACAGACGAUACCAGAAAAGCCACACCAAAAGGGCAAGACAGCGACGCAACACAGCACGGAGCCUGCAACAAAAGCAAAACACGCCGCACAGCGCACAAGCACCAACAGGAAACCAGACCACAGAACCCACAAGCGCUAGGAACAACAGACGGGAACCCACCAGGGGACACACACGCAACCCGAGAAACCAGCGCCCCACCCCCCGUGAGAAUAACAGACGACGAGGAGAACCACACCGCGGGGAAAAGAGAGCCCAACGGUAACGACACACACCGCGCCAGACAACGCGCGUCACCCGCAAAAGGGCACAAACCCCGCGACCACCACAAACGAAAAAGACCACAGAACCGGCAGCCACGCAGACCAAGAAACCACACAAACCAAAAACGCCACGAAAACGAAGGACAACCACCCGCAAGUCCGCGCACCCCACGACCCCCCCACGGACCAACACGCCACAAGGCAAGAAACAAAAGGCACGCCAACCACCAAGAACAGGCGAACGACCAGGCAGAAAAAACAAGAACGGACGGCCAAAGAAAAGCAAAAAAGGAAAGCACAGACAAAGAGCAAAAGGACGCCACCAGGCACGCCGAACAAAAAAGACACCAAACAGACGCACCUGAAAAAGAACGACAGACCCCACAAGAAACGAAAGACAAAGCCGAAAAAGCAGAGAAACCAGGCAAGGGAAAGAAAAAGACCAAAACACAUCCGUAA